UCUGCCGCUUCAACUCUUCAACCCAACCGCCUUCUCUUCCUGGCAGGGCAAUCACAAAAAGAGAAAUAAAGUAAAAAACAGUAGUAGUUUCCAUUUCUCAUUUCUUCAACAUAUUGAUAAUUUAUCAUAAUCUUCAAUAAUUUCCCUCUCUGAUUUCCGAAUAAAUUGUACCCAUCAUGCCGGGAUUCAAUUCCUAUCCAUCAACAAUCUUCUGAAUCUCCCGCUUUCUUCUACUGCCCAUUACCGAUACUCUUGUUUGUUCAUCCUUUUGAGAAAGUCUUGGGGUUGUAACAGAUUACUUCUCUGAACCCUGCAUCCAUAAUGAUGAAGCAAUUGCAGAUUUGGUUGUUUUCUACUUUUCUUUAGCUGCGAGCAAAUUCAGUUUAUGCCAGUGUGUGGUUUGACAGCGUGAUGCUUCUUUUCCAAUUAUUAACAAAGCUUCUAUAUGCUACCUGGAAGGUAUUCUAAAAUGAAGCCGCAAGCAGGUUAUGAUGUCGAACUUAUCAGUUCUACAGAGAGUAUAAAACAUGAAUUUUGGCCUCUAGAUCCCAUUGACCCUGGUCAAGCAAAGUUUCCAUGCUGUUUGGUUUGGACACCUCUUCCUGUUGUCUCUUGGUUGGCACCUUUCAUUGGUCAUGUUGGGAUUUGCAGGGAGGAUGGAGUCACUUUAGAUUUUGCAGGAUCGAAUUUUGUGAAUAUUAAUGAUUUAGCAUUUGGCUCUGUUGCAAGAUACCAUCAACUCAACCGAGAAAAAUGUUGCUUCCCAACGAGCUUAGCUGCACAUAAAUGUAAGCAGGGCUACCAGCAUUCACAGUAUGGAACUGCCAUUACUUGGGACGAUGGCUUACAAUCAAGUACACGGUAUUUUGAGCAUAAAUCGUACAACCUUUUUACGUGCAACUGCCAUUCCUUUAUUGCCAAUUGUCUGAACCGUCUUUGCUAUGAUGGAUCGAUGAGUUGGAACAUGAUAAAUGUAGCAGCUCUAAUUCUGUUCAAGGGGCAUUGGGUAGAUGGAAUGUCAAUUGUAAGAUCAUUUCUUCCCUUUGUAGUGGUGGUCUGCCUGGGCAUUGCCAUGGUUGGAUGGCCAUUCUUGAUUGGUCUGUUGUCGCUUUCUCUCCUUUUGGUUGGUUGGUUUGUUCUGGGUACUUAUUGUAUAAAAAGCCUGUUGGAAUGUUAGAUUUGGAUGAACAUUUGUAGUUGAGAAUCAGCUGAGUGAUGGCGCUCUAUCCAUUCUUGUUUGCAACUUAGAGAGAAAAUGUUCAUACUGUUGAACUUUGGACUUCAACAUUGAGACACUGUUUUGAUUAUUUUGAAAGCUUCAGCAUCGAGGUUGAUAACAAAUUUUUUUGUUUUCUUUA